UUUAAAAAUAUCUUCCGACAAAACGACGAGGACAUGGAUGUCAUAAUGGAAGAAGGCGGGAGAGCUUUUCCGACUAGCGUGAUAGAGAAGACACGUGAGGUUCUUAAGGAAAGGUUGUCAGGACACGCUAUUCCAGACGUUUUGGUGGGCUUGGAGGAACAGUAUGGGGAAUUUUUCGAUCUGUUGAAUCGCAACGUUUCUUUGGGUGAAAGUAAUACGUGCAUACUCAUCGGACCACCCGGUUGCGGAAAAACUACGUUGCUCAAAAAGGCAUUGAAGUCCUUAGAAGGAAUCCACGGGGACGAUUUUGUUUGUGUGUAUGUAAACGGGUUAUUCCAUACAUCCGAUCUGAUGGUACGCCAACAAAUCGCUUGUCAACUGGGACAACAGAUUAAAGGUUUUAGAUCAGACGGGGACGCGUACAAUCUAUUAAAAUCUGGCACCAGCAAUAACAAGUCUAUAUUCCUGAUAAUUUAUAAUUUUGAUGCAUUCGCGAAACACUGUAGCCAAUCUUUCGUUUACAAUAUAUUUAAUAUUGCCACGAGCAAAAAUUGUCCUAUCUCGGUGAUUGGUAUCACGCGGAAUGUGAAUGUUUUCAAUGAGCUUGCCCAGAAUGUUCUGUCAAGAAAUUCGCAUUGCCACAUCGAUAUUGAUCGACCAGAAAGUAUCGAUCGAUUUUCGGAAGUGAUCAAAGUGAUUCUGAGAUUGGAUGAGGACGUAAUUGGAGACGCAGAGUAUUGCAGGAUGUUCAAUGAAAAUGUUGAGGAUCUACUUGAGGAAGAGUCUUUUAAAACCAUUGUGCACCAAAUAUUUAAUGCUUCGACGGAUUUUAUAAGAUUCUUUUGUAAAAUAUGCUUCAUUCCUGUUGGCAAGUUGACAGCCGAUGCGCCAUUCCUUUCACUGGAUGAUUUCAAGCAGUCACUUCUCGAACAUUCGACAAACAUCAACCAAAUAUUGACAGGAUUGACGCAGAAUCAAAUUUGGCUGUUGCUAGCCAUCAAUUCAUUGUUUUUCCGAGACUGUCAAGUAUUUAAUUUCAUCAUGGUUUAUGAAGAAUACAGGAAUUACAUGAAGGCGUACACGAGGAAGUCGGGCAGUAAUUUUCGAAUGAAGAUAUGCAAGGAACACGUCGCACUCGCCGAAUAUGAAUUCUUACAAUUAAGGGGAUUUUUGAAACGAAUCGAUGAAGGUAAACAUCAACCGAAGCAAUAUCGAAUGAUGAAGUCAUUGAUUUUACCAGAACAAAUCAAAGAGGUUGUUAUCACGAAUCCACGAUGUUCCUCGGCAAUGAAGGAUUGGGUAAUCCGAGGCCUCACGGAUUAG